GCCUCCCGCAUACGAGCAGGUGGGCGGCCCAAUCGGAGGGGGCCGGUCGUGCGCGCGGAUGCCAAGAUGGCGGUGCUGGCGCCGCUGCUGGCGCUGCUGUACUCGGUGCCCGGGCUGUGCCGCUGGCUGGCGCGGCCCUACUACCCGCUGUCCGCGCUGCUGGCCACCGCCUUCCUGCUCGUCCGCAAGGUCCCGCCGCUCUGCCAGGGGCUGCCCUCGCAGCGGGAGGAUGGCAACCCCUGCGACUUCGACUGGCGGGAGGUGGAGAUCCUCAUGUUCCUCAGCGCCAUCGUGAUGAUGAAGAACCGACGCUCCAUCACCGUGGAGCAGCACAUUGGGAACAUCUUCAUGUUCAGCAAAGUGGCGAACGCCAUCCUCUUCUUCCGCCUGGACAUCCGCAUGGGCCUGCUGUACCUCACACUCUGCAUAGUGUUCCUGAUGACCUGCAAGCCCCCGCUCUACAUGGGCCCUGAGUACAUCAAGUAUUUCAGCGACAAGACCAUAGAUGAGGAGCUGGAGCGGGACAAGCGGGUGACCUGGAUCGUUGAGUUCUUUGCCAACUGGUCCAGCGAGUGCCAGUCCUUCGCCCCCAUCUUCGCCGACCUCUCGCUCAAGUACAACUGCUCGGGGCUGCACUUUGGGAAGGUGGAUGUUGGCCGGUACACGGAUGUCAGCACCAGGUCUGGGGGGACGGGCUGGGCAGUGGCGCCGGGCUGGGGUCUCCGGAAGACCCCAGCUCACUCAUCUGCCCGCAGUCCCCACCAGCCUCUGCCAUCCUGCUGCAGGUACAAGGUCAGCACCUCCCCCCUCACCAAGCAGCUGCCCACCCUCAUCCUCUUCCAGGGCGGGACAGAGACCAUGCGCCGGCCGCAGAUCGACAAGAAGGGCCGGGCCGUGUCCUGGACCUUCUCUGAGGAGAACGUGAUCCGGGAGUUCAACCUCAACGAGCUCUACCAGAGGGCCAAGAAGCAGCCAAAGCCGCGGGAGGAGGCGCCUGAGGAAUCCCCCGCAGCGCGGGCACCGUUGCCGGGGGAGACCAAGAAGGACAAGUAGAAGCUGCCCCCUGCUCUCGCCCAUCGCGCGUCACUGUCUCCUGGUGGCGCUGGCCCCCGGGACCCCUGCCCAGGGCUCUCUGUGGGGGCAGCUGCGGGCUAGGCCCGGGGGUGCCGUGUGGGCCAGGCCCGGCGUGGGCGGGGCAGAGGCCAGGCCCACCCUCGGUUAACGCUCGUCCUCAUCGCUGACAAUAAACGGUGUGUGUCCGCGU